AUGGAUGUGGAAAGUGAGUGUUCCGUGCGUGAGUCUGUGGAAGAUAAUGAGGUAACUAGGACUAUUUCUGCCAUGGAAAAAGUGGGUAAUGCUGUAGAUGACACCAAGGUGUAUAACAACGGGUCUUGUGUGGUGGAAAACAAUGAUGAUAUUUUCGAGGGGGUGGAGGAAAAGGGAAUUGAAGUUAUUUCACCUCCCCUUGAGGUGACAUCACAAAUGCCUCCAUCGCCUGUGAUGAUAAAGGGGAAUGGGUUGAGGAAAUGGAGAAGGAUCAAGAGGGACACCAACAAGGGAGGGGAUAAUAUUUUUGAAACAGGCAAGAUAUUGAUAGAGAGUUUGUCUAAUCCAGGUCCAAAUUCAAGUAAACGGAUGCAAUUUUCUGAGGAGAUGAAGCAAAAGAAUGAGGGGUCUGUUUCAUCCACUAAUGCAGUGGAGAGGAAUCUGAAUGGUUUCGUUAUACUUGAUGAUUCUGGGUUGGUGAUUGGACCUACCCUUUUUACUGGAAUGGAUUCAGAGAACAGUGGGGAUUUGAGUAGCAAGUCAUCCACAGCAGCCAGUGCUCCAAACUCAAGGAAUCAGAUGUCCAAGGUUGCAGGACUUCCACAAGAUAAAAUCAGGAUGAAGAGUCUGAGUGGGAAGAAUUUGAGUAACUCUGUGCAGCGUGAACAGCAGAGAAAGGGUCAUAUUGACACCAGUAAGAAGGCUAGAGGGAACAGGGCCAAAAUCAAGAAAGAAAACGCCCGUUCGAGUGUGGAGUCUGACUCACGAAGCUCCAACUUUGCUUUCAUACAGGGACGUUACUCUGUGAUGAGCAAUGGGAUGCAAAAUGGAAGUUCAAUUAAUUAUGAUGGGCAAAAUGGCGAUGAUUUGUCGUUUGUGGUUAAAGAAGAAAGAAGGGAGAACCCUGAUUCUGCAGCUGAUCACGAUCCCCUGGUUGAAUCUAUCAUUGCGCUUCAGUCUGCACAAGAAGCACUGGAAAAAGAGGUUCAAAAAUUUAGAGAAAUUGGAAAGGAAGAUGUUCAGGCGAAUGAUUCAAUUCAAGACUUCCCUUCAGAGUUGGAUGGACAGUCUGUUUUAGAAAAGCCGAAAACUCUGGCUUCAGAGCAAGCCCAGAUGCUGAACAGGCUUGAAGAUGCAGAAAACAAGGCUACAACUCUCAGUAAAGAAGCUGAGGAUUUGGAGAAUUAUUGCGAAGAUAUUGUAGGUGCUGAUGAGUCGAUGAAGCUACAUAAGAGGAUGUGCAAGUACACUGCAUGUUUCUUCGUGCAGUUGCUAAGCAAACAUCAAUACUUUGCUCCAAAAGAUCUUUUUAUUCUGAAGAAGCUGUGGAUAGAUAAAUUAAGUGUUCCUCCGCAAGGUUCAUCCACCAAGGGUGAGUCAGAGCUGAAACUCGGCAUGGAGGAAGAUGAUCAAACUAUUGUAAUUCAAGAGAAGGAUAAGAUGUACAGUAAGUUUUGCCCAGUUUGCAAUAAAGGAUUUAAUUCAGGUAAAGCUGUGGGAGGUCACAUGAGAAUUCACGUUCUGGCCAAGAAAAAAGUAAAUCAACCCAUAAAGUCCAAGAAACGUCUGCGAGAAGAUGAAGAAAUUAGUGAAUCUGAUUAUGUGAAAAAGACGCAUUAUAACAAGAAACUGAGUUGUUUAAUUUGUGGGAAGAAUUUUUUAUCGAUGAAGUCACUGUGUGGGCACAUGAGGUGCCAUCCAGAGAGGAAUUGGAGGGGAAUUCAACCACCUACAAUAGCGAAAAAGAGUUCUUGGUCGAAGAUUGAACCUCAAAAUGUCGAUAAUCAAAUUGAUUCACUGACUGAUGCUGAUGGAAAUCAAACAGUUGCUUCAACCGAGUCUUUUCCUGGUUUGUCAGUGACUGCAAAGAGAGGCAUGAGCCCUACAUCGAAGUUUUCAGGCUCGGAGGAUGAUGAAUUAUAUGAUGCUGUUCUUGAUCUUAUGAUGUUGGCUCAUGGGGAAUCAUUUGAGAGUGGACAAUUGUACAGGCAAAGAGUUGUUGAAUCUGAGGUCACCAACAGCAAUUCACUAACGUAUAAGAGUGAAAUUGGGGAUACUAACAAGGUUUCUGAAUCAAAAAUUUCAAAUGAGGAAAGCGGCUCUACUAAUCUUGAAGGUUUGAAGAGCAACAAAAUUGGGAGUUUUCUUCGAAAAUCAGUCACCAAUGAAGAACAUGAGCGCACUAAUGCAAAAAAGACGAUCAAGAACGAAACAAGAAAGAAAAAGGUGAGAUUGAGUGAUCUUGAAUCCAAGAAGUAUGCUGGUCCCAUGACAACGAAGGCUCCUCACGUUAAGUACAGGUGCAUUACAUGCGGCAAGUGCUUCGAAACUCGCCAAGCACUAGGGCGUCAUAGGGCUAACCACAACAAAUACAAGACUGCUAUUUACAACUCCACAGAUCAAUCUUCAUUUGCAGCUUCAGAAGAUGAUAUACUUUCGACUGGCAUUGUUCAAGUAGACCACGAAAGCCCAGAAAUUGCACAUAAAUGUCGUAAAAUUCUGGAUUUCGAUCUGAAUGAGGUGCCUCCAUUGGAGAAUGAAGCUGGUAUUGAGUCUGAUCUUGCAGCUAAUUUUGACUAUGGCUCUUCAUCUUAG